AUGAAUCAAGCCCAACACAUUGAGGUCUCUUUGGCAAAACAGUCAACACAGUCUAAGCUUGACUACCGCCUGAGAUUAAAUGCAACGAUUAUUUCUCUUCGUUAUCUUAUAAUGCAAGGAUUGCCUUUCCGCGGUCAUGAUGAGUCAGAAGAAUCAUUAAAUCAAGGUAAUUUUCUUGAGUUCUUGAAAGUUAUUUCUUCUUGCAAUGAAGAGAUAGCUAGUGUUGUGCUAAAAAAUGCUCCAGACAAUCUCAAACUUACAUCACCAGAUAUUCAGAGAGAUAUUAUAAAUGCAUUUGCUGUUGAGACAACGAAAGCUAUUGUACAUGAUAUGAGAAGUGAAUUUUUCUCCAUAUUAGUUGAUGAGUGUCGAGAUGUAUCUGUCAAAGAGCAAAUGGGUGUUGUGGUGCGAUAUGUGGACAAGAAUGGAUGUGUUAUAGAACGUUUUCUUGGUGUUGUUCAUGUUAGUGAUACAACUGCAACCUCACUUGAGAAAGCACUUGAUUAUUUGUUGUCUACUUAUGAUUUAAGUAUAUCUAGUUUGAGAGAUCAAGGAUAUGAUGGCGCAAGCAACAUGAGAGGAGAAUUCAAUGGGUUGAAGAGUUUGAUACUCAAGAGAAAUUCCAGUGCUUAUUAUGUACAUAAAAUUGUCGGAUCUUUUUAUAAUUCUAUCUCUCGUUUGUGUAAUACUGUUGGAGGUUCUUGUAAGCGCAGAGAUAUACUUCGGGAGAAACAGAGAGAGAAUAUUAUUAAAGAGAUUGCAAGUGAUGAAAUAAGCACAGGAAGAGGACUAAAUCAAGAAAUGCCAUUGAAGCGAUCUGGAGAUACUCGUUGGAGUUCACAUUAUGGUACUCUUGUCAACUUGAUACAUUUAUAUUCUUCUAUUGUUGAUGUUCUUGAGUAUGUUGGGGAGAAUGGUCAUGACGAUUCAAUAAGGGCUGAAGCUGAUGAUGUGCUAGAAAUUAUAAAUAGUUUUGAGUUUGUCUUUGUGUUACAUCUUAUGAAGCAAAUCUUGGGAAUCACACAUGAACUCUCCCAAGUGCUACAAAAGAAAGAUCAAGACAUUGUUAAUGCGAUGAAUCUUGUCAAGGUAGCAAAAUCACGUCUGCAAAUAAUGAGGGAAAAAGAUUGGGAUGUAUUGCUUGCUGAUGUUUCUAAGUUUUGUAGCAAAUAUGAACCGGAUGUGCUUGACAUGGAAGAUGAGUUUGUAGCUCGAAAAAAAGGAAGACGUAGAGCUGAGAAAAUGAAGAAUCUCCACUAUUAUCGAGUUGAGCUCUUUUGUUCUGUUAUUGACUUGCAAGCUCAAGAGUUGAAUCAACGUUUUGAUGAAGUCAACACAGACUUAGUUUUAUGCAUGUCAUGUUUUGAUCCUAGGGAUUUAUUUUCUGCAUUUAAUUUGGAGAAGCUGCUUCGUCUUGCACGGUAUUAUCCUUCUGAAUUUUCUGAAGUUGCUUUGUCCGAGCUUAAAAGUCAACUUGAGAACUUUAUUUUCGAUGUGCGCAUAGAUGAAAAGUUUUCACAAAUAUCAGGAAUCAGUGGUCUUGCUCAAAAGAUGGUUUCUACAAGGAAACAUGAAGUUUUUCCAAUGGUUUAUUCAUUAGUUAAGUUGUCAUUGAUCUUACCAGUUGCCACUGCAUCAGUAGAAAGAGCCUUUUCAGCAAUGAAGAUCAUCAAGACUUCUCUACGUAAUAGCAUGGGAGACCAACUAUUGAAUGAUUGCUUAGUUCCUUACAUCGAAAAGGAUGUGUUUGUUAAAGUUACCAAUGAAACUAUUAUGUAG